UCGGAGAAGGUAAAAGUAAAACAUACAUAACUAGUUUUAUAAGUUACAUAUACAAAGGUACAUUAAGAAGGCCUUAACAAACAUCGCAUGACGGGAGCGUCUUUUAUAAAAGGGGGACCUGUCAACAGCUAAACCCCAAAACUGAUACAGACCAGCUAGAAAACAACUAUUUAAGAUAUUACUUAGCUAACGUUGCAUGGUGUGGAUGUUAUAUCUACAGUCAGUGAGUGAGGUAAAGGUCUCUAGCUGAUCGGCAGAAUCUCUGCAAGGGUAUCCUUCGGGUUACAGGUGGGAAGCUACUGCCAAAGCAACAUUCUGGGGCCCACAAAAGAUCAAGCUAUGAAAUGGGUGGAGUAAAGAGACAUAUCCUUCUGUACUCAUUGUGCUGCUGCUGUGUGGUCCCACAAUAUCUUUGCACAAGACUUCAUUCUCAGCCUGUGAGAUUUUCAUCGCAAGUUGGUAUUCAUGAGGAGCAGCAGACCAUGUGCCCUCAGAUCAGCAAUGGGGAGGAUCAUUUCCCAGGAUUUUAUAUUAUGUCCCAGUUCCACAUUGCUGAGCUGGCAAGAAGGGGCACUGUUAAAAAGGUUACUGGAUCAUCUCCUCAGCAGGUUGCUUAUCAAAUAGGCCCAGCGUUCAACUUCAGAAUCAACACGAGAUCAGCUUAUCCCCUGGGACUGCCGGAGGAGUUUGCGUUUGUGGCGAUGCUGCGCAUGAGUGAAAGCACCAUCAAUAAAAAGUGGAAUAUCUGGCAAAUGCAGGAUGUGAAUGGGAACGAGCAGCUGGCCGUCAGACUCAAUGGAGAGUCUAAGUCUCUGGAGUUUACCUUCACAGCGCAGGACAACGGGAGGCAGACUCUUGUAUUUAGCCCCCUGGCAUUUCUUUUCAAUGAUCAGUGGCACAAAGUCCUACUGGACGUCAGCAUGCGCUCUGUUACCCUAUCCGUGGACUGUGUCGCGAUCGGUUCUCAGAGUAUACCACCACGGCAAAAAGUUAGUUUGGAUGGCUUCACGUUGAUAGGAAAGCUCAAGGACAACCCAGUGAUGGCAAUUCCGUUUGAGCUCCAGUCAAUGCUGAUUCACUGCGAUGUGACGCGAGCCCGGACAGAAGCUUGUUAUGACCUCCCAGCCAGGACAUCGACUGAUGUGACAGAGGUGCAGAGGAGCCAAGGAGCUGCUGGCCCUCCUGGACCUGCAGGUGUCCCAGGAAUUGAUGGCGUUGCUGGGGAAAGGGGAGCAGAUGGCGAGGACGGUCUUCCUGGACCCGAUGGAGAUGCAGGUAAACCCGGCUCUUCAGGAUUACCUGGAAUUCCUGGAAAUGAUGGUUUGACUGGCCCUAUUGGAGAUCCUGGGCCUGAUGGUCUCCCUGGACAGAAAGGUGAACCUGGAAAACCUGGACCUCGUGGAGCAGCUGGUGUUGGACCAGAUGGACCCCCCGGACCACCCGGGCCUGGAGGACUUCCGGGUGAAGUGGGAAAAGCUGGACUACUCGGGUCAAUGGGUGUGAGAGGGCCACAGGGACCUCGUGGACCAACAGGGCCUAGAGGUGCAGCUGGAAUGCUAGGCAGUGCCGACCUGUGUCCAAACUCUUGUCCACCUGGGACCUCUGGACAUCCUGGCCUUCCUGGCAUGAAGGGCCAUAAGGGUGUAAAAGGUGAAGCAGGAGAACCUGGGAAACAAGGGCACAAGGGUGAGGAGGGAGACCAGGGGAGUCAAGGGGAGGUUGGAUCUCAAGGACCAACGGGUCCUCAAGGAAUUCGUGGAGCCACUGGAAUGAUGGGCCCCAAGGGAGAGAUAGGAGCUCGAGGUCUUGAUGGAGAUCCAGGUCCCCAGGGUGUUGCAGGGGCAACUGGGGAUCAAGGCCAGAGAGGCGUGAUGGGUGAGCCUGGGCCCCAAGGUGAAACGGGUAUUCAAGGGAAGCGAGGAAUCACAGGUGUUCCAGGUCCCAAGGGAGAGGCUGGCUUACCGGGUCCAGAUGGUCGCGAAGGUAUUCCUGGGAUGCCCGGAGCAAAGGGAGACAUUGGGAAGGCAGGCGUUCCUGGAGAGGUCGGACUUCAGGGGCUUCCUGGUUUGCCUGGUUCACCUGGACCAAAAGGCUUGAGUGGCCCCAAGGGAGACGCUGGUCAACCUGGCCUUUCUGGGACAAUGGGACCUGCUGGCAAAACAGGUGAGCGCGGAGAACAAGGGGAGCUGGGACCAAUUGGACCUAUCGGUGAACCUGGAGAUCUAGGAGAGCAAGGCCCUUUGGGUCCAGUCGGCAAGCCAGGUGCCAGGGGACCCAAAGGUGACCCUGGCCUUCCUGGUCUCCCUGGUCCUCCUGGCCUGCCCGGGGUGAAAGGAGAGAGGGGAGAACGUGGAGAAGCAGGACCCAAAGGAGAGCAGGGAGAACAAGGUGAUGAGGGAAACCCAGGAGACAAAGGGGAUGUUGGUGAGGCAGGAGAAUCUGGACCUAAAGGAGAGGUUGGUAACCCCGGCGAGCCUGGCAGACGAGGUCCAGAGGGAAGCAGAGGCCAGCCUGGCAUCGAGGGGCCGCCUGGCACACCUGGACCUCGGGGCAUGCAGGGGAACAGGGGUCUACCUGGAGUCAGAGGGUCCCAGGGUCCUGCGGGUAAAGAGCCAAGUGAUCAGCACAUCAAGCAAGUUUGCAUGCGAGUCAUGCAAGAACAGCUGGCCCAGUUAGCUGCUAGUUUAAGGAGGCCAGAGUCUGGUGUAGCUGGCUUGCCUGGAAAACCUGGACCUCCAGGGCCUCCUGGGAGUCCAGGAGACAAUGGCUUCCCUGGGCAGGCUGGACCAAGAGGCCUUCCAGGACUCAAAGGGCCACCAGGAAUGUUAGGAGUGAAAGGACCCAAAGGUGAAAUGGGAGACAGAGGUUCCAGAGGGCCCACUGUGCGAGGACCUAAAGGUCAGCCAGGAGCUCCCGGACUUCCUGGUGAGCCAGGCAAACCUGGCUACGGUCAGGAUGGUCGGGAUGGACAGAGGGGACCACCUGGCGUUCCUGGACAGCCCGGUGUACCUGGACCUCCCGGAGCAGCUGGUCCUAAUGGUUACUGUGACCCGUCAGCCUGCAACCUCCAGGCAGGGGCCGCCCACCAGUCUCUGGAUGUGAAGGGACCCGCAGGGAACUAAGAGCCACUCUGGCAGAGACAGAAUGACUGUUGGAUUAGCUCCUCUGAGCACACAACAUUUUUCACACUGUCUUCCAGAGGGGGCUGUGGUUGAUGUGGCGCCUUCGAUCCAUUAACCUCUAGUCUUGUGAACAUGUUUUGUGCCAAGUCCAUCAGAAGGAGCCAGCCUCUUCAAGCUGUAAAAAGAAAAAACCAGCACACACAAAUUUUUAUGUCCUGCAAAAAUCUGUCUGGUUCUGGUGUGUUUUUCUACCUGAGAGAUAUUUUGAUAUUUUCAGAUAAGCGUGCUCACAUUUCUGAGACGUUAUGAAAUGAGCAGUAAUGUUUGUUUAUCCCACUCUCCUUGUACCUCUGCCUGCAUUUUCCUCUUUCUUUUCUUGAUUUACACAGUUUUCUUGAAUAAAAGCUCCUCCACAUUCUCACAUAACAGAUCAAAUAAUCCCCCUUAAGCAAACUGGGAUCAGGACUUUGUUUAGUGUAAGUGCCCUUUUCAGUUAUUUCUGUAUAUGCUAAUGUACCAAAGAUAAACCUGCUGAAACCGACGCUUUUUAUAUACAUUUCUUUAUGUCCGACCGACUUUUGAGCCCCGCAGUUCAAAAUAAAAAGGAGAGAGGAUGAAAUUGUCAUCAAGUCACACUGA